UGUUAUGUAUGUGAUUUUCUUUGUCGCUCACUUUGGUCACACUAUACAAGCGAAAAAAAAGAUUGUGAAUGUGAGUGCAUAAAACGACAAAGCCAACAAUUUGUCAUCGUUGAGAGUUGUCAGAUUUGUAAAAUCAAACCCUUUUGCAAUUGUAUAGCAAAAUGAGUGCCGUCGCAAGCAGCGAUCCAGCCAUCAGCGGCAUGGCCCUUGGCCGGAGUCAGACCAUUUGCCGCUACUACGUGCGGGGCAUUUGUCGGUUCGGGGAGCUUUGCCGCUUCUCCCACGACCUCACUCGCGGCCGUCCGGAAUGCGAGGAGCAGCGUGCCGAGGUUGUCCCAGCAGAGAGUCCCCGGCCCAGCACUAGCUGCAGCCAUAGCAUCAACAGCACCAUCAGCCAGCAGCGAAACUGGGUAAACGCACCAGUGUUUGUGCCCAGCCAAAAGCGAAUUCCUCCUCCCAUGGAACAAAGCGAGGGCUCAGAGGCGGGGGCGAAAACGGAAACCGACAUGGAGGCUGCGUCGGGCGUUGUGGAGUGUAACCCCGUCUCCUGGGCCGAAGUUGUUGGCGGGCCAUCGUCCCUCAACAACAAACGGGACUUUACUUUGAUCAAGCCCGCUUCCUUGGACGAGGUCUGUCCGUACGAAAGCCCAUGCGUUUGGGGAGAGCAUUGCCCGUACCGUAUCCACAUGGAGCUUUGCGAAAUGUGCGACCAAUAUUGCCUGCAUCCCACGGAUCAAGCCCAGCGUAAGAAGCACAACCGCGAAUGCCUACAGCAGCACGAGCAGGCGAUGGAGCUCUCGUUCGCCAUUGCCAGAUCCAAGGACAAGACGUGCGGCAUAUGCUUUGACACGAUCAUGGAGAAGGCUGGUCGCGAAAAGCGAUUCGGAAUCCUGCCCAAUUGCAACCACAUAUUCUGCCUGGAGUGCAUUCGCACAUGGCGUCAGGCCAAACAAUUUGAACAUAAAAUAACGCGAGCCUGUCCCGAAUGCCGCGUGUGCUCGGACUUUGUCUGUCCCAGUGCAUUUUGGGUGGAGACCAAGGAGGAGAAGGACAAACUGCUCAAUGAUUAUCGCGUCGCCUUAGGAGCUAAGGACUGCAAAUACUUCAAAAAAGGCGAGGGCAAGUGUCCCUUUGGUAACAAAUGUUUCUAUAAGCAUGCUCUUCCCAAUGGAGAUAUUGUCGAUGUGGGAUUGCCGAAGCGUACUCGAAAGCUACAGAGCCAGAAUGAAAUAAUGGACCUACUUGAUAUUUAUCUGUGGGACUACGUUGACAGGCGGGAUUAUCAUUGGCUGGAGAUAUUUUCAAGUGAUUUAAGCGAAAGUUCCGAUUUCUCCGAUGAAGACUAAGCUUCUGGAGCAAAAUGAUAAACAAAGAAUCAACCACAUCCCGAAAAGCACACACAAAAAUUUGGAUAUACUGUCGCAGCGAAACGUAAUCAAUAUUCAAACGAUAUAUAUAAAUGAUACUGAACCAAAUAUCGAAAGCGAAAUUAAACAAAAAGAAGAUGUAUUUGGGUACCAAAUUUAGGUUUACAUAAAUAUUUAUUCUCCACUUAAUGCAACGAAAUUUACAGCAACUUUUCCGUACUUGUAUUAAAUUAAAUUAUAUUUAAUACCAUUAGCAAGUGGUUAAACUUAAAGACCUAAAGGAACGUUGAUAUAUCAUUAAAUUUGAUUACACAACUUUAGAGAUAAACAAGCAGGAAGCAAACAGUACAUUUUCAAAAUAGGUGAUAUAAAACGUGUAAACUAUGCCUUUCAGACUGAAUUGUAAAGAUAAAAUACAUUCUUAAAUCGGUUUUCUACUCAUUUUGAUCUUUAACCAACUACCAACUACAACUAAGCAAACGCACACUGCAAACGACAUGUGUACGGGUGCACGUCUAUUUGUACGAUUGCGGAGAGAUAGACAUAGAGACAUUAAAUCUUGAAACUGUUCCCAUUCGCCGAUAAAUGAAAUUUUUGUUAUUGUUAUGAGCCCAGCCCCUAUGUUAGAGUAUUCCUAUUGCCUACCUACAUAUAUGUAAUUCAGUAUAUUUGUAAUCGUUGGCCACGCGCAUAAUGCCAAAUGCCUUGCACACAAACCACAAAUCUAUAUGUAUGUAUAUCCUCUAAUGUAUGUAUAUGGUUUUUAAGUUUAUAUUUUCGAAAUGUACCUCUUUAAAAUGUUUUCGUUUUUACUGAUACAGAAACACUGUGUUGUCCAUUAGGAAAUCAACAAUUUAAUAAACUAAGGGAACUAACAUAUGUAAACCCAACAUGUUCAAAAUUAAAAGCCUAAAAUCAAUGAAGAAACUUCAAUUAAAUGAAAUGAAAAUCUCAAUAAUUGCAUAGAAUCGGGUACGCCGCCGGUCUCUGGAACCCAUUUGUAUGUGAUUCAUAGUUGACAAACGAAAAAAAAACAGAUAUCUUAUGAGUAAUUGGUAUUAAGUAUAUAUAGUUUUAAAAAUCAAACAAAUGGUCGUUGAAAUAUGAUAUAGAUUGUACAAUUCAGCUUAACAGCUCAACAAAUACAUGCUAUGGCAACGCCUUUGUUCCCAUCUCUCUCUUUGUUAGUAUCACAAAAACGCACUCUGUUCACAUAAUGUUCGUAAAAAAUGGCUCAAAUAGCCAGAUUGCUUAAACAGUAUGAGGGUGCGUAGUUUAGUUAAUUAAUCAUUUGUAUUUUUGUGUUGUGAAAUUAUGAGUUUGUCCGAUAUUAACUCCCGAGUAAAACCAUCCAGAAGUGAUAUUUUUCUAUAAUUUUUGAACUGGAUUUAAAAACAAAAUUGUUCAACGGAAAAAACUCGUAAAUCAAAACAUCUUUCCAAGUUACUAAUUAAUACUUGUAAAAAGAUACAAUAUUCAGGUUCGUUGAAAAAUUGAAUAUCUUUUAAAGCGGAUUUAUACCAAGAGCCUUGAAUCGAAUACUAAUUGUGCCAUUUCCCAUUUUUAAAAUUGUUCAAAACAAAAAAAAAUAACCAAUCUGGCUGAAGUUGUACCUAGAUUAGAUUAAAAAUACAAUUUGUAACUUUAUGUUGAUAAUAAAAGCAGGAAUGAAAUAAAUGAAUAAAAAACCUAA